CUCCUGCGGCUGCUACUGCGCGACCUACUAUAAAGCCAUCUUUCAGAAGAAGCAAGCCCUGCAUCUUCUUCAUCGGUUGGUUUUGGUAGCCAAUAUUUCAUCAUUCCUCUUUGAUAUUAAAACCCCUAAUUAUAUUUUGAAAGUUUACUAUGGCUGGAGGAAAUUUCAUGCACAGAGUUAUAUCUUACGUCGUCAAUGAACUUGUCGUUGAUAGACUUGCAAGCAGUCCUGCAUUCCAGAGAUUUGCUGUGAGGACAUCAAAGAAGAUAGAGGAUAUUUCCAGUAUGGCUGCGCGGAAGAGGCAAGAACUUGCUGAACAGAUGAAAGAACUUUCGAAAAACAUGGAGUCUAAAAACCAGUGAUGUGGUAGAUAUGGUAGUACUUGGCAUUUGUGUGGCUGUCUCUGACCCUCGGAGUUUUGAUAAUCUGUAACUUAUCUACUGCUGCACGUAUUAAUUUUCUGGAACAGGGGUGGAAUUCCAAA